AUGUUGACACACAGUACUAAGGUCAAAUAUGCUCUUCUUGUCUUGAUCGCAACGAAGCAAAAAACUGACUGUUAUGAUUCCAAUGUCAACUCUCUCUCUCUCUCUUUAAUUAUUUAUCUCUUCCUCUCUGUUUAUCUAUCUAUCUAUCUAUCUAUCUAUCUAUCUAUCUAUCUAUCUAUCUAUCUGAACUGGGAUCAAAUAUGGAUGAUAAUCCGACAGAAUCAUUAUCUAUCUAUCUAUCUAUCUAUCUAUCUAUCUAUCUAUCUAUCUAUCUAUCUAUCUUUUCCUGAAACCAUACAGAAUUUUCGAUAUGUUUCCUCGCGAUCAAAACGAAAUAGUCCAUCAUUUAUGAGCGGCAGCGUUAAAUGCACUAACCGAAUAAAUAAUGAUUAUGCUGUUUCUUUCUUUCUUUCUUUCUUUCUUUCUUUCUUUCUUUCUUUCUUUCUUUCUUUUUACAACCGUAUCCAUGUGGACACAUUGUACGGCUGGCGCUCACACAUUCAUUUGCACGUUCAUUUGCUUGUUCAUUUCACCAUAAUGGGCGCCGCGUGA